GUUGUAAUCCGCCGCACGGCUUUCCUCGCCAUCUCGCCGUUAAAAUUUACAAGCAGUUUACCCGACCCCAUUUUCGAAUAUGGAUCAGCAAUUGCAACAUCAUGGACAAGACCGAUGCCUUCGCUACAUCUUUGGCGGCCACUCAAAUUCCUCAUCACUGUUAUCUGACUCGUGCUUGUGACUUACCUGACGAUGCAUUAUUGACCCAAUUACGAACAUAUCUAAAAUCCAGUGUACGCACAUAUCGCGCCACCAACCUUCGUAAGUUACAAGAAGGCCCUAAUACAGGUGUCCUUAUGUCCGCUUGUCGUCGCUCACUUGAGCUUGGUCCCACCUUCUUCCUAGCCAUUGAUAUGUACCAAAGUUGUAACACAGGCAUGUUCGGUCAAGUGAAUCUUUCGUAUAUCACCAUGACAUUCAGAAAACGUAACCACCUACUCCGCUGGCGGAUGGGUUGGCUAUCCGUAGAACGGAUCCAAUGUACCAAUUGUAACAAUAACCACACCAGUCACCACCAUCUCAUUGAAUGUCUCGAUAUCGCGUAUCAACUGGACUUACCAUCUGAUGCAGCACCAAAUCCAAUCGACCACCUCUUUAACAAACUUCCUCCGCUCGAACAACUUGAUAAGAUAUUUCAUCCAGAUUUGAAUGAUGAUAUACCUGAUGAUCCGGAACUAGGUCUACAAUUAUUUGUGGGCUGGUUAACAGCGCCUCCUCCAAUAUUGCCUCCAGCACUCGCUGCCACGUCUACAUUACUUAACACAGCAUUAUAGGCUGCCGGUGACCUCAUUCAAUCUCUAUUUCUCUCUCUCUCUCCACUCUCUUUUGUAAAUACUAUUCCCACCCCCUAACGUAAUCUAUAUUAAAAACCUAAAAUCUGUUUCAUGUCACUAACAGCUCCGCUCUUCUAUUUUACGCACAGACCACCGAUGAGGCUUGACGUUUGAAAGUUUAAUUUUCUUUGUAUUACCUCUUUUGUCCCCUCACAACUGUCCAUUUUACCUUUUUCCCUUGUCAUAUAAGGGUUGUUCAUUCUGCUCUCUCUGGUGAAUUAUUUCUAUAUCUCUCUUCAACCUGAACUUUGGUACGGUCAUAUGCUCCAUAGAGCGCGGCCCCAUAGAAAAUCUCACUAAUAAACUUAUUAAACCAGUUAUACCUCG